AUGAAAGUUCUAAUCUCCUCCCUCCUUCUGUUGUUGCCACUAACGCUGAUGUCCGUGGUCUCUAGCAGCCCAAAUUCAGGUGUCGCCAGAGGCCACAAGGACCAGCGCCAGGCCUCCAGGAGGUGGCUCCAGGAAGGCAGCCAAGAAUGUGAGUGCAAAGAUUGGCUCCUGAGAGUCCCUAAAAGAAAAUCUAUGGCACUGACAGUGCCUGGGUCGCCAAGGAAACAGUGUCCCUGUGAUCAUUUCAAGGGCAAUGUGAAGAAAACCAGGCAUCAAAGGCACCACAGGAAGCCCACCAAGCACUCCAGGGCCUGCCAGCAAUUUCUCCAACGAUGUCAGCUAGCAAGCUUUGCUCUGCCUAUUUAGGAGAUUUGAGAGCCCACUCUCCCAAUUAAACACUCUCAGUCA